AAAACUAAAAAAAAAAAGAGGAACACAUAAAAACCCUAAGCUCCGAAUCCAAAAAUUCCACCUUUACCAACUAUUCUCCCAAUUGUCAGCUACCUUCACUCCUAGGGUUUCAUCCCCCAACAUUUUCCGGUGAACUGAAUAAAGAUGACGGUUUAAACUUUAAACAGUCUGUUGAGUUCCUUAAAGUUUGGUUUACAAGAAAUUCACCAAAUUGUGUUUAUUUGCGGGCGUAUAUUCUUUUGAAAAAACCGAAUGGAGGACGGUAACCGGCUUGAUCUCACCUUAUCCUUACCAUGUGGCGGGCCCUCUGCCGCCACAAAGGGUAAAACCGCCACCAGUUCCGACGUCAGGGUUGAGGAAGCCGAUAGGGGUAGCAAAUUAAUUGACGAUUUCAAGAACUUUCUAGAUGGUUCUAAUCAUAAAGAAGAGGUAGCCAUGAUCCCUCAGAGAGUUAAUCAGUCAAAAGCGGAAGAAAAUAUCUUUUACGAUCUUUCAAAGGGACCCGCGAAUGUGGAAGGAGGUAACAAACGGAAAAACAUGUUCGAUGAAAUUAACAAUCAAAAGAGACAUGAAAGAGACAGAGACGCGUAUCGUUCUAGUUUGCAUAUUAAGCCACCGUCGCGGACCCCACAUGCGUCGAUAACCGCAGAUGACGGUUCAACCGCUGAAAACGAGGAUGUUGCGAGUUCUGAAGCUGAUGACGUGUCGAAAGGAUCCAAGGAAGUUCGUGUUUCUGAGUCAACUGGUGUUGACUUGAAAAGUCAAAGUCAAAGGGGGUUUACGAUUUCGUCAGAAAAGGAUUUUAAACUUGGGCAUGUUGUGUCCCAUGGUGUUCUGUAUUCGGGUCAAUCAGCAAAUGUUGUGAAUCUGCCUUAUUCGUUUUCGGUCAAAGAGUCAAACUCUGUUCAGGGUGGUCAACAGCCUGUGAUUCCAGCAAAUUUGCCGUUGAUGUUUGGUUACUCUACGGUCCAGGCAGCAACUGUAUCUGCAGCAGCUGCAGUACCUGUAAACACAUCGAAGCCAUUUGAGAGGGCAAAGGGAGACGGUAAAAAGGCUAAAGAAGAAGGGUCGUCUAUGCAUGCUGAACCCGACACCAAGGGUAUGAACACAAUUGACCAGUCAAAGCCCGAAGCAUUUCCGCUUGAACACCCUGCUAUAAGGCCCGGUAUAGCAGCAGAACUCAAAUUCGGAGGAAGUGGGUCCUCCCCAAAUCUACCAUGGGUUUCCACAACGGGCCCCGGCCCAAAUGGGAAAACAAUAUCAGGUGUUACAUACCGAUACAGUGGAACCCAGAUCCAUAUCGUUUGUGCGUGCCACGGGUCCCACAUGUCACCGGAGGAGUUUGUUCAACAUGCUAGUGAAGAACAACCCAAUUUAAAUGGCGGGCCCGCUGGUUUACCGUCGUUUUCUAAUGGCAACCCUGCUGCAUCUGCUCAGAAUUGAUAAUAAUAAUAGUGGCAUCUGAUGCAAUGACAACUGCUUAUGAUUUUGUCACUUGUGUGAUAAAUACGAUUAUCUAUUUAUGUUAUGUAUAUGCAUUAGAUUUAUAUUGCUAGGAAAUUGUAUGUAGUGUAUUGGAUAAUUGUUACUUAACGGGUAAAUGGGUCGGUUUGGCUUAUUUACUUUA